UCCUGUUAGUGAUACUAAUGAAUUGCAGCAUCUGUUACACAAGGAUUAUUUUCUCACUGUGCUUUUCAACACAAUACAUGAGGAAACUCUAAGGAACUCAGUGCAUGUCUGAACAUUGUAGAUUUACUCAUCUGAAAUCUUUGCAUUAAUUCCUAAACAACUGUAAAUUCUAAAGCAAAUGUAAACACUGGUACAUAUUGUUCUGCUAUGUUUGCCACAGUAUGGCAACAGAACAUAAACCUUUUCAAAAGGAAUCUUACUUAUUUUUUCCAAUACUUUUUUUUUCAUUUAUAUUCAGUGUCAAUGUCCUGUUAACAUAAACCCCAGGAGCAGGGUGUGAUAAACUCACUACACCACAUUAUGUGAUACUAUAAAAUCUUCAUGAUAGUGAUUCUAAACAUCAGUUGUUUCUGCAGAGUCAUAGCUGGUAUCUUGUGCCCCAGUUAUUUCUGUAACUAACACCUGAAGGAUCCAGAGACACUAAGAGCCAAGUCCUUUGGUUUCACAGAACAGAGGUCCUAGAUCAUUUACUCAAGAACGUCAAUGAAGCCGAUGGUUUUGCUUACAGGUAUGGGUUAAUCAAACCAAGGAACACUUCAAGAACUGUCUGACGGAAAAAGUUAUUUAUUGAAAAACAAUAGUUACAUGACAAGCUCUAGUGAGCAGAGCUGUAUGUCCAUUAACCAGAGGUCUGUAACAGAGACAAAAAAAAGAUGCACUUUUCAGUUCCCUGCCUCCUGUGUGGUGCUUUCCUCCACUCUCUGGCACUACAUCAUCUGUCAGCAAGAUGAAGUUUGAGAAUGUGCUUGCAGAGGUUAAUGGCUUUGGCAGAUUUCAGAUUAGGACACUUCUUUUGCUGGUCAUUCCUCGUAUGACUUUGCCAUUUCACUUCCUGCUUAAUAACUUCAUCUCGGUGAUUCCUUCUCACCGCUGCAACAUCAGUGCAUUAGACGAUGGAGAAAUAUUUGGGAAUUUAUCUAUUGAAGACAAGCUCGUUGUCAGUAUUCCUUUACAGAGUGAUGGGAGCCCGAGCUCGUGUCAGAUGUUUGCGGAGCCUCAGUACCACCUGCUGUAUAACUCUACCAACUCCACUGAUCUACCUACGAUUUCAUGCCAGGACGGGUGGGUUUAUGACAACAGCAUCUUUAAAUCGACUCUCGCCACCGAGUGGGACCUGGUUUGUGAUAAGAGAAGUGUGAACAGAGUCACAGCCACCAUCUUCUUCAUGGGGGUUAUGUUUGGAGCAGCGGUUUUUGGCUAUCUUAGUGACAGGUUUGGCCGGAAGAGAACACUUCUGGUGUCCUACAUAAUGACCGCCAUCUUUGGUUUUGCAAGUGCUUUCUCUUAUAAUUUCAACAUGUUUGCUGUCAUGAGAUUUUUCACUGGAUUUGGGAUUUCUGGAGUCAGUAUAAUCACCAUUGUUCUAUGUGUAGAAUGGGUCGGAAUCAAGCAUCGUACCUUGGUGGGAGUCCUAAUGAGUUUGGACUGGAGUUUUUCAACGAUUCUGCUGCCCGGUGUGGCCUACUUUGUGAAUGAUUGGAGAUACCUGACUGCCACUGUGACCAGCCCACUGCUGCUGGCUAUAAUCUGUUGGCGGUGGCUCCCAGAGUCUGCCAGAUGGUUGAUAAGUACUGGAAAAGUGAAUAGUGCUCAUUUUUACCUGACGAAGUGUGCAAAACUCAACCGCAGAGAGGAGUUCAUGGCUGACCUAAAACCUGAGAUUCUCUCCAAAGUAAUACUUGUUGAGGAUGAAAAUAGAAAAUACUCCUACAUGGACCUUGUGAAGACUCCCAGAAUGAGACGACUUGCUCUACUAACUGGCAUUGUUUGGUUUGGAGUGGCCUGCGUCUAUUAUGGAAUCAGCUUAAAUGUUCCUGGGUUUGGAGUGGACAUUUAUCUCACGCAGUUCAUCUACGCCAUCUCCGAAAUCCCAGGAAAAAUCUUCAUCAUUUUCUUUUUGAACAAAUUAGGCCGAAGAUGGACUCAGGCUGGAACACUUGGCUUCACAGGGCUGUGUUUGUUCUGCAACAUUUUUGUCCCUCAGAAUCUGUGGAUAACAAGGACGGUUUUUGGAGCUGCAGGCAAGAUGUUUGCAGAAGCAGCUUUUACAACUGUGUUCCUGUACACAACAGAGCUUUAUCCGACUGUCAUGAGGCAAAACGGACUUGGUUUCAGCUCUUUCGCUGCUCGCACUGGUGUGUCUCUAUCCCCCCUGGUGAUGAUUCUUGAGGACGUCAGGUCUUACCUACCAAAUAUCAUUUUCACCUUGGUGGCUUGCAUUGGAACUGUGUCAACUUCUUUUCUUCCUGAGACACUAAACGUCCGUCUCCCGGAGACCAUCGAAGACAUUGAACAGACAAGAAGACGAUCAAUACCGACAUCCGAUGAUAACGCGACUCUGUGACUGCUUUUGGGCAUGAAAAACAAAAUGGUCGAUUUCCACUGGAGAAUAAUUGUCUACAAUGUUAAUCUGCUAUACAAACUCUACUCUGUUGUUUGAUGAAAUGCUUUGAUGUCGUGAGCAGAACCUGUUUGUUUCUGACACUGAUUAGAAACAGUAAAGUAUGUCUCAGUCUGAUGCUAAAAUUAAGUGAUUGUCAUGUAAAUCCUUGAAGAAUCUACAACUUUAAAAUAAAAUUACACACUAAAUGGUG